UCAUGUGGGGCUUUAAAUUUUUCCCUCAGUGAUGUGUGGGAUUUCCCUUGGCUUCUGUGGAGAAGCAGAAGUGACACAUGUUGGUUGUACUUAGCAAGAGCUUUGUGGAUUGUACCAACAGCUGAAGGUCCAAACUGUCUGAUGAUCCAGUGACAAAUGCAAUGCAAGAAAAAUCACCACAAUCUCGCAGUGUCUGAAUCAUGGGAAAUGUCGAGAGCCAGAAUGGGGACCAUGCCCUCUAUGGUCACGAACAUGGCUAUUUGUCACGUAAGCACAUGUCUCGGUCCCUUCGCAUCUCCAACAAGCAGUCCAGACGCUCUCGACAUGCUUCAUCAGGGAAAAUAGAGCACAGGAACUCUGAGACGAGUACACGCUCAAGUAGCACCCCCAGUAUCCCACAAUCCCUGGCUGACAAUGGCCUGGAGCCCUUCAAUGAGACAAAUAUCCUCCCAGACUUUGGAAGCCCCAUUUGGGUGGACCGUGUGGCCAUGAACCUGCGGCCGGUGUCCUUUCACAAUGACCUGGCAAACCCCUCUGUGCACAUGAAUACGAUGCGCAUAACCCUACCUGGCCCCACUGCAGAGGAGGCGCAGGAUGAAGAUGUGUACACAGGUGAGGUAACAUACCUACAGAAAACUCGGGAUGGCGCCAAGGAGACUGUUAGCUUCAAGAAGAAGAGGUCUAAGUCUGCAGACAUGUGGCGAGAUGACAGCCUGGAGUACUCCCUGUCUGACCUCAGCCAAGAGCACCUGACGAGCACAGAGGAGAUCGUAGACACAGCCAAUGAGAGGGACUUUGCUGACUGCAAAGGACACCUGCAGUCCAGCCCCUCAGACUCCACUGACAGGGCGAAUUCCCUGGACGAGCUUUAUGGCCAGAAGAACCCUGCCCGCAAGCAACCCCACGGCCGCUAUUCCAAGUGGCAUGAUGCGACCAGGGCUAUCAGGGAGGGCGAGGAUGAUAAGAUGCUCUCCCCAUCAGAAGAGGAUGUGAACACCUAUGGUGCAUACACCCUCCCUUGCCGGCGUUCCCACUGCCUAUCCGAAGGCCUGAGCAGCCACCAAGCUGCCAUGUGUGCCAGUAUGCAGGGCAGGAGGGCGCAGACGAUUCAGGAUGUCACAGCCGGGGAGGGCAGUGAGUAUGAGGACAGUGGCAUCGACGGGGUGACGGUGGAGGCUGAGCACCAGUCCCGACGCUACAAGACCAUGUCGGCCUCCUUCUCCAUGUGCUCAGCAGCCGGCAGGAGCAUGUUUGCUGGCAGCGACAGCGGUAGCAGCAGUGGCGGUGGAGCCAGUGAGUGUGUACAAGGCGUGUACGAGAACUUUCGUCAAGAGCUGGAGAUGAGCUCCUGCCAGACGGAGAGUUUGGAAGAGGCAGGGUCUGCGCUGAGUGACGAGCAAAGCACUAUGAGCUCCGCCUAUCAAUCUGACCCAUUGCUCAGUGUCGCCCAGGGGAUGGUGCGCAAAGCUGGCAGGCUUGCUGUUAAGAACUUCCUCGUACAUAAAAAGAACAAGAAAGUGGAGUCAGCCACGAGGCGCAAGUGGAAGAGUUACUGGGUUUCGCUGAAAGGUUGCACUCUGUUCUUCUAUGAGACUGAUGGCCGAUCGGUAAUUGACAACAACAGUAUUCCCAAACAUGCCAUCUGGGUUGAGAACAGUAUUGUCCAGGCUGUACCCGAGCAUCCCAAAAAGGACUUUGUGUUCUGUCUCAGCAACUCCCUGGGAGAUGCUUUUCUCUUUCAGACCUGCAGCCAGACAGAACUGGAGAACUGGAUCACAGCCAUCCAUUCGGCAUGUGCCACCGCUGUCGCCCGCCAGCACCACAGAGAGGAUACAGUGCGUCUGCUUCGUGCAGAGAUCAAGAAGCUAGAGCAGAAGAUAGACAUGGAUGAGAAGAUGAAGAAGAUGGGAGACAUGCAGCUGUCUGCUGUUACUGACACCAAGAAGAGGAAGACGAUCCUGGAUCAAAUCUUCCUGUGGGAGCAGAACCUGGAGCAGUUUCACAUGGAUCUAUUCCGCUUCAGGUGUUACCUGGCCAGCCUGCAGGGGGGAGAGCUGCCCAACCCCAAAAGGCUCCUGGCUGUUGCCUCCCGCCCCACCAAGCUGGCAAUGGGCCGACUGGGUAUAUUCUCAGUCUCUUCCUUCCAUGCACUGGUGGCAGCUCGCACAGAGAACGGAGUGAGACGGCGAACACAGGCCAUGUCUCGUUCCUGCAGCAAGCGCAGGAGCAGGUUCUCCUCCCUCUGGGGUCUGGAUACUACCUCAAAGAAAAAAUCAAAAGCACACCCUAGUAUCAACCAGGUCUUUGCUGAUGGCGAAGAGCCGUUGAAAAAGCCUGCAGAUGGCUUACAUGUGGAUUCUGCCAAGGAACACACAAAAAGUGAGGAUGGCACUGUGAAAAGCCUUCCACGGCCCAGCACAGAAAGUGACAUCUGGGCCCCCGACCACCUCACCCCCUCUUGGGUGUGUUUGCCAAAUGACCAGCCGGUGUUAACCAUCAUCCAGCCAGGGGAGUCGGUACUUUGUGCUCUGGAAACCAUUUGCAAGGCUCACCAGCUCGAUCCUACUAAGCAUUACUUGAGACUCAAAUUCCUUAUAGAAAACCAAGUGCAAUUCUACAUUCCCAAACCAGAGGAGGAUGUGUGCGAUUUGCUUUACAAAGAAAUUGAGCUCUGCUCCAAAAUUACAAAAGUAAUCCAGUUUGACAGAGAUGAAUCCUGCAUGAUUGGUUAUGGUUUCUCCAUUUCAGUGGUGGAGGAGGAUGGCAUACAGCAGCUCUACAUCACUGAUGUGAAGGCGGGUGGAUUAGCCUUCGCCAAAGGUCUAAAUGCAGGGGAUGAAAUACUUCAGCUGAAUGGAAAAGACUCUCACAGUCUCAACUUCUCUGACAUGAAGGCAGCUUUCUCUCAAGCCUCGCUGGCUUUGACGGUCAACACCCUGCCUUCUGUGGAGCGCCGUCAGCUUUGCUACCUGCCGCCACGCCGCUCAGAUGCAGAGGAAGAUCUCUACACAGACAUCUUCUCCCAGAGUCAAGAGGAGAUCCUGGACGAUGGGGUGGGACUGUUGCUUGAGAGCUCAGGAGACAGCCUGGACGACGACUCUGAGAUGUACAGUGAUUUUGAGUGCAGAAAAAGUACGGAGCAGGUCGCUGCUUUCUGCCGCAGUCUCCAUGACAUGAAUACCUCGGAGUGUGUGUCCUCUUCUCCCAGUCCGGACUCGCCCUUCCCACCUCCUGCAACUCUUCGACAGCUCUCCGAUGCCGACAAGCUUCGCAAAGUCAUCUGUGAACUUGUGGAGACGGAACGCACCUAUGUCAAAGAUCUCAACUGUCUCAUCGGAAGAUAUUUAACCCCACUGCAGAAAGAGACCUUCCUCACACAGGAUGAGCUGGAUGUACUGUUUGGGAACUUGCCUGAAAUGGUGGAGUUCCAGGUUGAGUUUCUCAAGACCCUUGAAGAUGGGACAAGACUGGUUCCAGACCUAGAGAAAUUGGAAAGAGUUGAUCAAUUUAAGAAAAUCCUCUUCUCUCUGGGAGGCUCUUUCCUGUACUAUGCAGACCGUUUUAAAAUCUACAGUGCUUUCUGUGCCAGUCACACCAAAGUCCCUAAGGUCCUCGUAAAGGCCAAAACCGAUCAGGAUUUCAAGGCCUUCCUUGAUGAGCGUAACCCCAAGCAGCAGCACUCUUCCACCCUGGAGUCGUACCUGAUCAAACCCAUCCAGAGGGUGCUGAAGUAUCCCCUCCUGCUGAAGGAGCUCUACUCGCUCACAGACCCAGACAGUGAGGAGCAUUACCACCUAGAUGUUGCAAUGAAAGCCAUGAACAAAGUUGCCAGCCACAUCAAUGAGAUGCAGAAGAUCCAUGAGGAGUUUGGAGCAGUGUUCGAUCUGCUCAUCACUGAGCAGAGUGGUGAAAAGAAAGAGGUGGCUGAUCUCUCCAUGGGUGACUUGCUGCUACACACCAGUGUGACAUGGAUCAACCCCCCUGCAUCCUUAGGAAAAUGGAAGAAAGAGCCCCAGAUGGCUAUAUUUGUAUUCAAAACGGCAGUGGUCUUUGUAUGCAAAGAUGGAUCCAAACAGAAAAAGAAAAUGGGUGGAUCCCAUCGAGUCACUGUAUCUUCAGAAGAAAAAGACCCCUUCCGAUAUCGUCACAUGAUCCCAACUGACGCCCUUCAAGUCAGAUCCUUGGCCAAUGCAGAUGGAGAGGGCUCAGCUGUGUGUGAGAUUGUCCACACAAAGUCGGAGUCAGAGGGACGGCCAGAGAGGACAUUCCAGCUGUGCUGUAGCUCUCCAGAGAAUAGAAAAGACUUUCUGAAGACAGUCCAUUCCAUCUUGAGGGAAAAGCACCGUCGGCAGCUCCUAAAGACAGAGAGUUUACCCCUCAACCAGCAGUAUGUGCCCUUUGGAGGAAAGCGUCUCUGUGCCCUGAAGGGAGCCCGUCCCGCUAUAAAUAGAGCAGUGUCUGCACCAACUAGGACACUUGGCAGGAGGAAGUUGGUCCGCAACCGUUUCACUAUAGACACCGACAUCGUUUUUGAUGGCGAGGCUGAACAGGACCUCGCUUCACCACAGGAACCCGACACAAAUCGGCUGCAGCAGGACGACAAACCAGAUCAGCUGCAACAGUCUGAGUUAGGAGGUGACACAGACCGCUGGGUGGAAGAACAGUUUGAUCUUGAAGAAUAUGAGGACCAGGAAGAAGUUAAGGAGACAGACAUCCUUAGUGAUGAGGAUGACGAGUUCUGCCAGACACCAAGAGCUUCAUCCGACCUGGAGGCCCCUAUCAUGGCUUUGUCCUUGGAAAGUGAAGAAACUGAGGAAACCAAGAGCCUUAAGUCCCCAAAGGCCAGUGGGACACCUGAUGAUGUAAAGUUGCCUGACACAGAGAAGCAGAACGCAGUGAUCGACAACAACGAGGAGGAUCAAAAGCAAACAGAGAAUGAUGAGAUUUGGGUUAGAAGGCAGCAGUCAGAUUUGUCCCUAGACUGUGGCACAUAAAAGCUAAGGAGGUCAGGCAGACUGCCUUAAUAAAUGGGCUCCAGAAAGAUUAGACAUCAGUCUUCACAAACAAUGCAUGGGCAUUGACGUAUAUCACACAGCUAGUAAAAGAUAUAUCCUUCCUAACCUUACUUUUGCUGAAUGCUUAUUGUACAGGUAAGACCAUCAGUGAAGCAAUACAGGAAUCCAGAAUGGGGGAGCUUUAUCCCAAAUCAAAUGCUGUUACAUAGAAGUCAAGUGUAAGCUUUGAGAGAUGAACUAAUGGUACAAUCAUGGAAUCUAAUCAGUUGCUUUGAUUGGCAUGGUUUGCACAUUUAGGCAGCAUUCUAUAGUCCUGCCUGCUGUUGCCAAAUUUGGGUAUUGUGAGAACAUUAUUUGUUUUGUCUUUGUGACUCAGAUAUUAUCAUAGUUAAGGGCUGUAUAUUAUUUGUCCUUAAAUAGAAUAAUUGCAAAGGACAGUCUUGUCUUGCAUAGUUUACUGUACUUGUACAUUUUCACAUGAAUAUACACUGACAUGUUUUUGGAACAUAUUUCUUGGAUAUGUAAAACAUAUGAUUUGAUCUCUUGUUCCACAGACUUAAAGCUAUCUUUAUAUCCUGGAAAAUAUUUUGU